AUGAUACCUGCCGUGAAUUCUGCUCCUUACGUAAUCCCCCAUCAUGUAGUCUCAAAGGAGUCAAGCUCGACGACAAAAAUUCGUGUCGUUUUUAACGGUUCCCAAGUCGAUUCCACAGGCCUCUCUCUCAAUUCUCGUUUAUUAUGUGGCACCAAGCUUCAGAAGGAUCUCCCUGAAAUAUUAGCGACGUUCCGAUUAUAUCCAAUUGCUCUUUGUGCAGACAUACAGAAAAUGUAUAGACAAAUAGAGGUACGUCCGGAAGAUAGAAACUUCCAACACAUUUUCUGGCGUCCUUCUGUGGAAUCCGAACUUAGGGAAUACGAACUAAAAACUGUGACCUAUGGUCUCGCCCCUUCAGCCUUCCUCGCGAUUCGCGUCCUCCAUCAACUUGUCCAAGAUGAGGGCCAACCUUAUCCCCAUGCAUCCCGAGCCAUUCUUCAAGAAACCUACGUCGAUGAUAUCAUUUCCGGCGCCGAUGACCUUGAGGCCGCGUUGAAGUUCGACAUGACCUGCAAAGUUUGUUGCGCCUUGGGGGUUUUGAGCUUCGGAAGUGGGCUAGUAAUCUUCCCGAAGCAUUAA